UCUGUCUUUUGUUGUAUGCAUUCAUGGCAUCUAACUGUUAAGGAUCCUUCAUUCAACAACCCCACCACAUGACCUCCACUUUACUUGUUUUUGUUUGCUCUGCAUUAUUCUAAGUACCAAUUGUGUGCAGUUGAUUUCAACUAGCCCAUAGUUUAACCACACUUCUUCCAUCUUCCUUCAGCAUUUAAAUCUUCCACCAGUACCACUCUUUAUUAAUCCUCCAUUAAAGCUCACCAGUAAUUUCAUGCUUCUCUUUUUCUUAUAUAUCUCUCCAUCUUUUCUCUUACCUCAUCAAUCUCUCUCCACUUCUCUUCAAACAAAAAAUGGUUCUCAUUGAUCUCUCUUCCUUUUCUUCUUAUUCAUCGUUCUCUUCUUACUAUCAUCUCUUCUUCACCGUCGUCGCCUUUCUCGUCUCAGGCUUAAUUUUCUUGGUUUCCCGGAAAAAAUCCAAAUCGAAACGUGUGAAUCUUCCUCCAGGUCCUCCCGGAUGGCCGGUUGUUGGAAACCUCUUUCAAUUUGCUCGCUCUGGAAAAUCUUUUAUUAAAUACGUUGAGGAUCUUCUCCCGAAAUAUGGCCCCAUUUUCACUCUCAAAAUGGGAACUAGAACGAUGAUCAUUCUCAGCGACGCCAAGCUCAUCCAUGAAGCUCUCAUCGAGAGGGGCGCUCUCUUCGCCUCCAGGCCGAGAGAAAAUCCAACAAGAAACAUCUUUAGCUGCAACAAGUUUACUGUAAACGCCGCCGUUUACGGGCCCGUUUGGCGGUCCCUGAGAAGAAACUUGGUUCAGAAUAUGUUGAGUUCAAGUCGGCUUAAAGAGUUUCGGUAUGUGAGAGAUAAAGCGAUGGAUACAUUGAUUAACAGAUUGAAGGCGGAAGCAGAGGCAAAUGAUGGAGCCGUUUGGGUCCUGAAAAAUGCUCGCUUUGCGGUGUUUUGUAUUCUUUUAGCGAUGUGUUUCGGGAUCGACAUGGAUGAUGAAACGAAUGAGAAAAUGGAUCAAGUAAUGAAGCUUGUUCUAAUCACAUUGGAUCCAAGAAUCGAUGAUUAUUUACCCAUUUUAAGUCCAUUCUUCUCCAAGCAACGCAAGAGAGUACUCGAAGUGAGAAAAGAACAAGUCGAUUUCAUGGUGCCCUUCAUCGAAAAGCGUCGGACAAUGCUUCAGAAUCCGGGAUCUGAUAAAACGGCCAUCUCCUUCUCCUACCUCGACACCCUUUUCGAUCUCAAAGUUGAGGGGAGAAAAUCAGGGCCGUCCAACGAAGAGCUUGUCACUCUUUGCUCAGAGUUCCUCAAUGGUGGGACAGACACGACAGCCACAGGAAUCGAGUGGGGCAUUGCACAGCUAAUCACAAACCCGGAUGUCCAAUCCAAACUGUUUGAUGAAAUCAAACGGACAGUCGGUGAUCGAACCGUGGACGAGAAUGACGUUGACAGGAUGCCAUAUUUACAGGCUGUGGUGAAAGAACUUUUGCGGAAACACCCGCCAACAUAUUUUUCUUUAACACACGCAGUGACUGAGCCGACGACUCUGGCGGGUUAUGAUAUUCCGACGGAUGUGAAUGUGGAGAUUUAUUUACCAGCAAUUGCGGAGGAUCCGAAAUUGUGGAGGAAUCCAGAGAAAUUCAAUCCUGACAGGUUUAUUUCAGGCGGGGAGGAUGCGGAUAUAACUGGGGUUAAAGGAGUGAGGAUGAUGCCAUUCGGGGUUGGGAGAAGAAUCUGUCCCGGUCUGGGAAUGGGAACGGUUCAUAUUCAUCUGAUGCUGGCGAGAAUGGUUCAGGAAUUUGAGUGGAGUGCUUAUCCUCCGAACUCGAAGAUUGAUUUUACAGAAAAAUUGGAGUUCACUGUGGUGAUGAAUAACAGUCUGAAAGCUAUGGUGAAGCCGAGGUGUUAAUUGAUUAAAAUCUCCAAGGUAUGACAUUCGGCAAGUUGGGAUCAUUGGAUAAGAAAUAGUUUUAUUUAUAUGUUUAAGAAUUUUCAGUACUCUUAUCUAAUGAUUCUGACUAUCUUUAUAUCAUAUAAAUACUUAUCUAGUUUUAUAAAAUAACCCAAUAUUUAUGCUAUGUGUU